UCCAUCUCAGAAGGGACAAGAUGGCGAUGUCCUCUCUCCAGAGUACAUGGCCCUGCUCCAGAGCCUGUGCAGACUGACUCAACCGACAGUGAACGAAAUCAGUGGCAUAUUCAACGGCGAGUUCCGCCGCGCUUUGGGAGACGGAAAAACGAAGCCUUCCAAAAGGUCCGAGGCUCAAUCAACUUCCCGUGGAGGUCCGUCAACAUCCCGGGGAGCGCCAUCCCGCGGUUCAAAGAAACGCGGCGGAAAGUCAGGUGUGCUGCUCAGUCUCACGCUGUCCUCCUGCCAUCUAAAAAUGACGUUCGCCACGGCUGCGGCACUGCAACUGCGCACUGACAGCCGCCUGCAGAAGCUCGACGUGCCAAACACCCCCAUAAAGAGUGGCAGGAUCUACAUACUGGUGUAGACCCUUCUGCCUGAGUUCGUGACAAGUCGUGUUCUGUUUGACAG